UAGUUGUGAGAGCGGAACCAACGUUAGCUUGUAGUUCUAUGCCUCGGCAGGCUAACUUAGCUGGCUAACUGGUCUCCACAGCUGGAUAAAUCUUCACUUUUGCCCACUUUCAUUUCGAGAGGAGUCAAUCUUCUGGCGAGAUCAUGUCGGAUUUCUCGCUGGCUGAUGCCUUAGGAGACGACACCCCAAGCCAGGCAAAGAAAAUAGGAAACACUAACCCAUCUGCCCCUGCCAGCAACCCUCCACCUCCUACAAACCCAGGAUGGCCUGGCUCAGCCCCAGGAGCUCCCACCCAGCCCUCUGCCCCGGGUGAUUUCCCUGGCGGAUCAUCUGGCCCGGGGGCUCCAGGGCAGAUCCCCUUUCACUCUGGUCCUGGAGCACCAGGGCAAUACCCAGGACCUCCUUCAGCACCUGGUGGGUUCCCCCCUGGUCCUGGGAUACCAGGACAAUAUCCACCUGCGCCAGGAGCUCCAGGGCAGUUCCCCUCUAGUCCCGGAGCCCCUGGGCAGUUCCCUGGGCAGUACCCACCUGAAGGAGCUCCAGGACAGCUACCUGGAGGCCCUGUUCCUUACCCAACUGGACCAUUUCCUUCUGGGCCUGGAGCUCCCACUGGGCCUUAUCCAAAUGUGCCUUUCCCAGGAAGUCAGCCAGGAGGAGGCAAUGGGAUGUACGGACCAGGUGGUCCAGGUGCAUUCCCCCCUCCAGCUGGCCCUGGCUCUUUCCCUGCAUUCCCUGCUGGAGGCUUUCCCCCAAUACCCCCUGGGUCGUGGGGACCAGCUGCAGGUGGAGGCUUCCCUCCUGCCCCUGGCCCCUUUGGUCCUGGCCCAGGGCCUAUGGGUCCAUACGGUGGGCCUGCCGCUCCAGGAGGCAUGCUGAUGAUGCCGUACGAUCUCCCUCUUCAUGCUGGAAUUAUGCCACGACUUCUAAUCACAAUAGUUGGGGAGCCCACUCCUGGUGCAGACAGGUUCCAGGUUGACUUUAUCAGAGGCCCAGAUAUCGUCUUUCACUUCAAUCCUCGGUUUAAUGAGCAAACAAUUGUCAGAAACUCCAACCUAGGUGGAUGUUGGGGUCCGGAGGAGCGAGAAGCAGGCUUCCCAUUUGUUCAGGGACGCCGUUUUGAGCUGAAGAUCCUCGUGGAGGAGGACAUGUUUAAAGUGGCCGUGGACGGCACCCACCUGCUGGAGUACGAGCACAGAGUCGGCGGGCUGGAGGAAGUGACCCUGGUGCGAGUGGCUGGAGACGUCAUCCUCCACAGUGCGGCCCCGAGCAUGAUCUGACUCUCAGAGCUACUAAAGGAGGCCUAGGUCAAACUUUACCACUGUAUUUGACAUCCUUUCAAGUACCUUGAUGGAGUUUUUGAGGCACAAUAGUCAGCAAAGUGCAAUCUUUGCCCACAUGGAGCUUCUUCAUUUAUUACAGAACAGAUGGCAGAUUUACACGGGUCUGCACGCUAUAAUCCUUUUUUUUUUUUUAAACUGGCUGGCAUCUCAUUUUCUAGCCACUCACAGUAUAUUUUAUGACAUAACAAUAUCAAAGUAGUGAAUGAGAUAAAGUGCAUCUAAAACAGGCGCUUUAAGGAAAUACUAAUUUAUACCUAAUGAAAAGAUUGUAGGCCAAGUGGAAUAGUGUGAGGUGUCCCUGAAAUAUAUUUUCCACUAGUAUGCUGUAUUUUGUUUACAGUACAUGUAUGUUUAUAUCAAAAUCUUGAUAAGCCUUUGUAAUGCAUGAGAGUGUGCUGCUGAAAAUCAAUUUAGUCUCCUUUUCACUGUCUUACUUCAGUGCUGGCUGACCCCAAGACUCAUUGGCCUGUUAACGUACAGUAGGCUAACAAUGACGUUUCUUAAAAUGUAUUUAUAGACUGACUUUGAGCACCUCCUGUCUUCAGUAUUCAUCCUCCUGAACUCUAAGACUGGAGGGAAUUAUGAUUUCAUGUUGAAGUCUAAUAAUAAAAAAAGUGAGGCUCAAAUAGAACAUUAGAAAGGGGAGGGAUGGGGUCUCUGAUUUUGUUGCCAAAGAUAACAGUGGUACAGUAUUUUGAGAUUCUAUGCUUAUAAAUAAAGGGCAACAAACAAUGACUGAUAAUGCUGUUUGAUUCAGAGUAUUGUACACUUUUCAUGAGCUACCUGCCUGUACACGUAAUAAAUGCUACUU